AAACCCCGCCCCUGGGCUGGGUCCUGACCCGCCUCAGCGCAGGCCUUUCUCCGGGUGCGGUGCGGAGCGGGGCCUGCAGGGGUGGGGUGAGGAGGGCGGAGACUGCGGCCUGCCCGGCGCGGGCCUCCUGGUCCGGGAGCUGUCCAGCCGCUACGCACUUGCCCGCCCCGCAAGCCUUCCCGUCUCCGUUUGGACCCUCCAGGGGCGUCCAUACAGCGCACCCUGACGGGCUCACCCCGACUGCGCGAUCCACCCCUGUGGCCCCAGAUCCAAGAUGUCCAGUCCCCUGGAGCAGGCGCUGGCUGUGAUGGUCGCCACCUUCCACAAGUAUUCUGGCCAAGAGGGUGACAAGUUCAAGCUGAGUAAGGGGGAGAUGAAAGCACUUCUGCACAAGGAGCUGCCCAGCUUUGUUGGGGAUAAGGUGGAUGAGGAGGGCCUGAAGAAGCUGAUGGGUGACCUGGACGAGAACAGUGACCAGCAGGUGGACUUCCAGGAAUACGCUGUUUUUCUGGCCCUGGUCACUAUCAUGUGCAACGAGUUCUUCCAGGAUGCCCCAGACCGGCUGUGAAGCGGGGGUCCUGCUUGGCCACGGCCCUCCUGGACCCACGAGGACUCUAGCUACCCCUUUUGUACCCAAUAAACGUUUCUGUUGAUCAUGUUUUAAUUGCUCAGUGACGCCCCAUCCCCUGGCUGGCUGAGUUGGGUUGCUGGACAAUAAGAGCAUCCUUAGAUCCCACCCCUCUGGGCUCUGACUCUUCUGGAAAUCUCCGCAAGGCCAGAGCUGCACCUCAAGUCCCAGAGUUUGGCAUUUCAAAUACCGGUAAAAAUUUGAGAUAGUUUGCUAAUAUUUUUUUUCCAAAUAAAGUUAUUAAAAAAGGCAAA